GAAGUGAGUGGAAGUACUAAACGUCGUCAGUGGAGUGACGUUUCUUGAGUUUCCCUGGUGUUUUUCUUCAGUUUUAGGCGCUUUUCUCGGUCAAAUUGCAUCGCCAGCGAGAUGGAUAAGUUCCAGAAGAUGCCGAAGAUCGCGAAGGUGAAGAACAAAGCCCCCGCAGAGGUGCAGAUCACGGCGGAACAGCUGCUGCGGGAGGCGAAGGAGCGCGACCUGGAGAUUCUGCCGCCGCCGCCGAAGCAGAAGAUCUCAGAUCCCACAGAGCUGAAGGACUAUCAGCAGAGGAAGAGGAAGUUCUUCGAGGACAACCUGAGGAAGAAUCGCAUGGUGGUGAGCAACUGGAUCAAGUAUGCGCAGUGGGAGGAGAGCCAGAAGGAGAUCCAGCGCGCGCGCUCAAUCUGGGAGCGGGCGAUCGACAAUGAUCACAUGAACAUCACCAUUUGGCUGAAGUACGCCGAGAUGGAGAUGAAGAAUCGGCAGGUGAACCAUGCGAGAAAUCUCUGGAAUCGCGCCGUGACCAUUCUGCCGCGCGUGAAUCAGUUCUGGUACAAGUAUCUGUACAUGGAGGAGAUGCUGGAGAACAUCGAGGGCGCGCGGCAUGUGUUCGAGCGCUGGAUGGAGUGGCAGCCGGAGGAGCAGGCGUGGCUCACGUACAUCAAGUUCGAGUUGCGCUAUAAGGAGACGGAGAAGGCGCGCGGCGUGUUCGAGCGCUUCGUGAUUGUACAUCCGGAGGUGAAGAACUGGAUCAAGUUUGCCGGCUUCGAGGAGAACAACGGCUUCAUCACGAACGCACGCAAGGUGUUCGAGAGGGCUGUGGAGUUCUUCGGCACGGAGCACAUGAACGAGAAGCUGCUGCUGGCGUUCGCGCGCUUCGAGGAGAAUCGCAAGGAGCACGCGAGGGCGCGCGCGAUCUACAAAUACGCGCUGGACAGCCUGCCGCAGAGUGCGUGCAAGGAGAUCUAUCGCGCCUACACGAUUCACGAGAAGAAGUUCGGUGACCGCGUGGACAUAGAGAACGCCAUCAUCUCGAAGCGGAAGCUGCAGUACGAGCAGGAACUGAGCGAGAAUCCCACCAACUACGAUAUCUGGUUCGACUACAUCCGCCUGCUGGAGAACAACGAGGACGAGAAGACAAUCCGGGAGACUUACGAGAGAGCCAUCGCCAACAUUCCGCCCACGCAAGAGAAGAGCUUCUGGCGGCGCUACAUCUAUCUCUGGAUCAACUACGCUCUGUACGAGGAGAUGAAGGCGCACGACGAGGAGCGGACCAGAGAGAUCUACACGACGUGCCUUCAGGUGAUUCCGCACAAGAAGUUCACCUUCAGCAAGAUGUGGAUUCUCUACGCGCAGUUCGAGAUCCGCUGCAAGAACCUCAAGACGGCCAGGAAGUUCCUCGGCAUGGCCAUCGGCAUGUGUCCCAGGGACAAGAUCUUCCGCCAGUACAUCGAGCUGGAGAUCCAGCUGCGCGACUUCGAUCGGUGUCGCAUGAUUUAUCAGAAAUUCCUCGAGAACAGCCCGGAGAACUGCACGACGUGGAUCAAGUUCGCCGAACUGGAGACUCUGCUAGGCGAUUUUGAGCGUGUGCGCGCCAUCUUCGAGCUGGCGCUCCAGCAGCCGCGACUGGACAUGCCGGAGUUGCUGUGGAAGGCGUACAUUGACUUUGAGAUCACGCAGGGCGAGGAGGAGGCUGUGAAGACGCUGUACGAGCGUCUCCUGGAGAAAACCGUUCACUUCAAGGUGUGGAUUUCGUAUGCCAAGUUCCUCAUCAAGAUCGGUAAUGAUCCCGGGAACGUGAGAAAGAUCUUCGACAGGGCCAACUCAUCGCUCAGGAGUGCGGCUGACAAUGACUCCAGAGUUCUGCUGCUGGAAGCGUGGCGGGACUUUGAGAAGGAACACGGCUCGGAAGAGUCUCAAGCGAGUAUCAUGGAGAAGAUGCCGCGCUGCGUGAAGGUGAGGCAGAAGAUCGUCUCCGAGGCGGGCCAUGAGAGAUGGCAGGAAGCCUUCAACUACAUAUUCCCCGAGGACGACAACUACCGGCCCAACAGCAAACUCCUGUCGGCGGCGAAGAGUUGGAAGAAGAACAAAGACAGCUAAUAAGUACUCUUCAAUUGUGUGAGGAAUAAAUAUAUUUGCGAGAGAAAUAG